AUGGCCAGGAUCACUAAUAACUCGAAGAGAGCUUCCCCUAAGGCACGCUCUACCAAAAGGCCGAGGAAUAAGGCGAAGAGACUCGCUUGGAGCGAGUCUUCGGAGCUGAACUUGAUGUUAACUAUAGCUUAUGUCAAGAAGAUCAAGCUCACAGAAGAGGAAUGGAAGGAAGUUGGUGACAGGAUUGGUGGAAGCUGGAAUGCCGCCAGACAGAGAUAUGGGACUCGCAUGAGCCAUAAGUUUCCCGACUGGAAGCGUGGUUCGAGGGCGGACAAGGAACUACUCACAUCCUCUGCCAAUUCGCAUGGAUCUGUGGACGCUGGGGCUCAGUCUGGCGAAGCUGACACCACUAUGCACGACCAUGAUGACAACAACGAAUGGGAUGAUUGCACGUCCGAAGGUGGCGAUAUCGAGCCCGGAAUUCCUGAGGAACAGACUCGUGCUGACCUAGCCGAGACUGGAGUUGGCCGUGUCUGUUGA